AUGAAUGGAACAGCACCAACAGACAAGGAUGAUGUUGUGAUCUAUGCAUCGAAACGUGACCCAUCCAAAACCAUCACUCUCACAUCAUCCAUCACAAUCAACUCACUCAAUAUAUCCGGUGCAAUCCUGCAGACGGCACCCGAAGCCACCUUCACCCUGGCGUCAAUGUAUAUAGCCCGCAAUGCAAUCGUCUACUUCCGCUCACCAGUGACCAUCGCCAACAUCAGGUGUGAUGGAACCAUGCAGGUGGCUGGUGGCGCGCUCACCAUUUCUGGCCGUUUCCGUAGCUACGGCAACAUAUCCAUGACGGCGGGCUCGUUCACAGUCAACACAUUGGAGAUCUCCGACGUCAAUAUCGAGUCGCCCACCCUCUAUGGAGGCGAACUUCACAUCAAUGGCAACUCGAGGAUCGCCGCCAUGUUGAUCAUGCAGGGUUCUGCCAAGAUGUUUAUCGACUCGGCCGUGGUCGUGGUUACAGGCGGCUUCGAAUGUCGCGCCAACGCCACGGUCAACCUCAAACAUGGAAACCUCCAGCUGGUCGGCUCGGACAUUUAUAACUUUGAUCAGGCGGUCACCAUUGACGCUGGCAGUCUGUUCAACGCGAGCUGUGAUCAGUGCAAACUGUCCAAGGGUCUGAUCGCACUGGACGAUGCCAGUGCCGUAGUCAUUCAGAGGAAUUCCGAAUUGUUGUUCAGUGGCACGUGUGAGUUGACCAUCCCCGUGACCCUACGCCCCUUCUCAUCGAUCAGUGUGGCAAGUGGCACGCUGACCCUGCACGAUCUGACCACAGCGCUGACCACCGAGAUCAAGUUACGUGACCAAGGAGAGAUGGUAUUGGUUGGAGAUCGGGUCAUUCACUCGGAUGUCACUCUUGAAGAUACAAGCACACUCCAUCUCUAUGGCAAUGUUGACAUUGGUGGACUCCUGACCGACCGUCUCGGCUCACUGAUCCGAGUGAGCCAUGGUGUACUACGCAUCAUCAACAUUGUCAACACACAGAUCAACACCAACUUCCAACUGGACAGCAAGAGCUCGUUGUAUUUUAACAUCAGCUUCACGUACUCUGGCGACAUCCAGACGCUGCCCGACCCCGAGGCUGAGCGGGCCGCCGAUGCCUCGACGAUCCCACCGCCAUCGGCACCCCUCACCGUGGCCACCAAUCAGACAUUGACCAUCUAUGGCAACGGCAACACGAUCCAGGCAACAAUCAUACUAGAGGCAUACUCUGACCUCAACUUUGAGACCAACUGCAAUACUGUACUUGAUCGAUUCACUCAGUUGGACAACACAUCGACCAUCACACUACAGACCACAUCCAACGUGACGUUGACCCAUGGCUGUAAUCUUCUGACCCCGAUCACAUUGAUUGGCGACUGCUCAAUCGUAUUUUCUGGCGAGUCCACCGUCAAUGGCAUUGUGUUUGAGCCGAACGAAGACAACCUGAUGCCAUACGUCGGCAUUGUCAACUGCAGUUGUAGCUUCGAGGGCAAGUCCGCCUACAAGUUUGGAGAGAUCAGUAUCAUAUACAGCAAACUGGCACUGAGCUCCGCGAUGGACAUUGCUAUCCUCAGCUCAGAUGGCGGCUCAUCACUUGAUAUCCACAAGGGCGGCCUUCUCACGGUGAAUGGCGACGGAUCAAACUUUGCCGCCACAAUCAACAUUCUCCCAGGUGGCAGCGCCAACAUCAGUGGCAACACUGAUCUCUCGGGCAUAACAGUGGGCGUCAAUGCCAACUUUAGUAUCACGCGAGAGGCCAACAUCGUGAUCAAUGGUGGUGGACCGUGCAGCUUCGACUCGGUGCUCACCGCCUCGGACAAGUCCAGCAUCAACUUCAAGACGGGAUGUUCGUUGUUCAAGGGCGCCAACUUUAACAACCCGACAACAACAUUUGGAGUCACUGGCAACACUGCCGGCAAGAACGUCUACCUCUACGGCAACUCGACAUUCAACUCACAAGUGUCUGUGGCUGCGGUAUCAUUCCUCACAUUGAUGCCUGGUGCAACGGCCCACUUCCUCGAAGGCAUUACACUGUCGAGUGAUUCACAUCUCAACUUGAUUGGUGCCACCGCCAUCUUUGGACCAAAGUCGCGACUCAGUGGCAAGCUCGUAACAUCCAAUCAAUCAACAAUCAUUGUCGAUUCGAUGGACAGCGUGACGACAUUCGCCAACGAGAUACACUCUAUCGACAAUGCCACAAACAAUAUGUUGAUCAAGACUGGCACAGCGCACAUAUCAAUCAACAGUGUGGUGGCCGGCACGCUCAAUAUCACAGAGAAGGGAACGCUCGAGAUUUACGGCCCACUUCAAUGCUUUGGCGGUGUCACUAACGCCGGCACCAUUCAACUGGCAUCCGGACUCAAUGUCACUGGCGCAGGAUUCAAACAGGUUAGCGGGCAGAUCACCGUCCAGCCUCGAACACAGAUCAUCGCCGACUGGGUGGACAUUGCUGGCGGGCGCAUCGUGGGCAAUGGAUCAAUCAGUACUCGCACCGGCUGCACGAUUGGCAGCCAGAUCGAUGGAAACUUUGACAUCCAGGGCAGCUUCACAAUGCUCCAGACCGCUGUCCUUACGGUGCGCGUCAACACCACAACCGAACACUCACGAAUCAAGGUGUCGCGCAUAGCAUACCUCAACAAUGGACAAGUGGAGGUCAACCUAGACAUGCUGAGCGCAGACCUAAAGCUUGGCGACACAAUCCCAUUCAUCCAGGCCACACAAACCAUUGGCACAGUGACAUUGGCGGAUGACAGUGCAACAUACUUUAACAUUGAACAAGCGAGCAGUACAAUCACCAACCUGGUCGUAUCACAGCCGAUGCAGGCCAAGAUCAUAAUCACUCCGCCUAAAACCAAUCACACUGACUCUAGCACUGGUAGUCGACUGUGCCAUGUGCCACUCCAAGGUCCAUCAUCAUGGAUCAAAUAUUUGGGAUACACCAUAGUCUUUGCCAUUAUCAUACCCUUGCUAUCCGGCCAAUAA